AUGGUCGAAACAACAUCCUCUAACAAGGCAAAACUUCUGAUAGGUGCAUUGCACUGGCCUCUCUUGAUUUGGGCAAUCGCUAAUGCUUGUGCAGGCUUUGUUGGUAUAUUUGUCUAUGCAGGAAUCACCUCCAGCUUUGGUCCUGUCUAUGUCAUGAAUCCAUAUAUUGGCAUGUGGUUGUGCAUCAUGUUGUUCUUCUUCUCCGUUCAAGGAAUUUAUCAUGAAAUGAAACCCAACGAGAGCAAAUUCAAAUCCGUUUUUCUGGUUUCAAAUGUGGUCUAUUUUGUCGUCAUCUUCAUUGAGUCUUUCAUUAUGUUUCUUGGUUAUACCAUUGCGGGUUAUCGAUCCGAUGCUAUCAUUUGGACCAUUCUCCUAUGGAUCAUUUGUCUUUUGAAUGUAUGCAUUGUUGUAUUGAGGUGGUUUGGAAGUUUGUUGUCUAUUAAUACCAAAAAGAGUUUCAUCAUCCAUGCCAUCGAUGAACAACAUGGUGGUAAUACUACCAUCUUGUCCGGAGAACAGUCGAAUAGUGCUGCCAAACGGGCUGGCCAAGUGAUUUGCAUUUCUGGAAUUGUCCUCAACACUGUGCUUCGAGGUCUAUUUAUCAUUCUGAUGGCUCUGUUAGUGAGUGGGGCCAUUAAUGCAGCAUUGAUUGUGAAUUAUCCUCCACAGGGAAAAUUCAUCACAAUUCCUCUGGCGGAUGGAUCAGGUCGUUCUCAAACCAUUCAUUACAAAUGUGAAGGACCUGUCUCAUUGAGUUCACCAGUGUUUUUGGUUGAGGGUGAUUUCUCUCAUGGUUAUGCCGAUUAUGUUGGAAUUCAAAAAGUGUUGACAUCACUAAAUCGUCGUUCUUGCAUUUAUGACAAACCUGGUCUUGGUUACUCGGAUUAUUUGUUUGUCGAUCAGAAGAAUGAGUCAACGUUUUAUCACAACUUUUUGACCGGUAUUGGAGAAACAAAACCGUAUGUGAUGGUAGGAUGGGGAGGUGGUGGUCCAAUGAUUUAUCGUUAUGCUCUUGAACAUCCUGAAAUGGUGAAAUCAUUGGUUUUUCUUGAUGUCUUUCCAAAUGGCAUUGAAUUCAUCUCUGUGCGAGAUUUGAAGAACAUGACACAGGCAGAGUAUGAAGCAUACAGAAAAAGAGACAUUACAGGAAGAAAAACCUUGAUUAAUAUUAUCAAUGCACUUGGAGUUCCAUGGGGUUUAAUGUCAAUUUUCGUUCCAUCCAAUUCAAUGAGCGUCAAUGCUCAAGAAAUUGCAACAUGGAUGAGAACUGAGAAAACUUGGAUCACACAAACAUCCAUGAUGGACACUAUUGGAAUACCAGACACUCUUUUCCAAAAUGUACUUCCUUCAAACAUUAGUGUCAAUUUAGUCAUAUCCAAGCACAAUGAUUCAUGGGUGGAACGAACCAACUAUCAAUGCAAACAACAUGGUGUCAACUCUGAACAAUGUCAGUUCCAGAAAGAACUCAAUACCUAUUAUUUCAAUGCCCAGAAUACCCUUGUUUCAAAUCGAAAUGGAGGUACCAUUACGUAUUGCACUUCAGACGAUUGCAACCUAGGUUAUUAUGUUUUCACUAAUCCAAAUUAUACAGCUUCAUUGAUUCACAGUCUCUAUCCAAUGUAA